GCGAUGACAACAAUCAAAUGGAUUCCAAUUUGGGACCCGAAUUCCCGAUUGAUUAACCCGUCCAGUGUCAGCUGAUACCGGAGUAACUUUCCUCUGCCGUUAAAUUAUCUUUAUCUCCGGCGAUUUCCUACCGAUCUCUUUUUUUCCGGCGAAAUUGAACUCCAGGUUGCUGUAAAGUUAUAUAACAUGGGUGAUGCAAUUGAUUUAACUGGAGAUGGAGGUGUUAUGAAGAAAAUUGUGCAACGAUCCAAACCUGAUGCUAUUGCUCCCUCAGAGAGUCUUCCUCUUGUUGAUGUUCAUUAUGAAGGCACUCUUGCUGAUACUGGUGAAGUAUUCGAUACUACCCGUGAAGAUAAUACAAUUUUCUCCUUUGAGAUAGGCACUGGUUCUGUUAUUAAGGCUUGGGAUGUUGCAUUGAGGACCAUGAAGGUUGGGGAAGUAGCUGUAAUUACCUGCAAGCCAGAGUAUGCCUAUGGAAGUGCUGGGUCCCCACCGGAUAUUCCCCCCGAGGCAACCCUUGUUUUCGAGGUGGAGCUGGUGGCUUGUAGACCACGUAAAGGUUCUAGUGUCAGCAGCGUUUCAGAUGAAAGGGCUAGGCUGGAGGAGCUGAAGAAGCAAAGAGAAAUGGCAGCUGCAGCUAAGGAGGAAGAGAAGAAGAAGAGAGAAGAAGCUAAGGCCGCAGCAGCUGCUCGUAUCCAAGCCAAACUUGUGGCAAAGAAAGGAAAAGGGAAGGGCAAAGCGAAGUAAAAAUGGCCAAGUAUUUGUAAUAUUUAUAUACUAGUAGAAUAUACUCGUAGACGUAUACGAAUACCUGAUGAUGUUAAAUAUGCUAGCUUGUAUGCUUCAGCAUUUGCUUGAUACUUCUAAGCUUUCAUAUUGUUAUGAGUUGUCAUAUAAUGCACGUGAAAUUAAAUCUUA